CCAUGGUAGAAAGUAUUCUCCGAGGUGUCAGUGUAGACCGAGUGUUCUUCGAGACGGUUACCUACGGCAAGUCAGUGGAAUCUGUGCGCGAACAUGUGGGUUGAGAGCGUCACCAUAUUUAUUGUCUUUUGUCACUUGGUUCUGGCAACUGAAGAAACAGCGGAAAAAGCAUCUGAUGACGACAUGUAUAUGACAGCGAGUGAAAGAGAUGGACGUGCAAUUUUGGGAUACAGAGAGAAUAAUGAAGGUAGUGAAAAUUCAUUCUAUCCCUCAUUUUCGCCCUAUGAUAAUCAACCACUUGGACACUCAAGACCAUUCUACUAUAACAACCAGCAGGAAGCAGCCUAUAGCCAUAGGACAGCUAAUCCUUAUCAGAAUUCAUUCGACUCAGCAGAAAGAUAUAGCGGAUAUAAGGACAAUCACACACCUCAGAAGCCUGACCACCUAGGAAUCUUAGGUUCUGGUAACUUCGGAGUGAUUCCUGGAGGUACGUUCUACAAUGACAAUGAUGGUGACCAAUCAUCCAACUACGAGAACUACGAUUCUUACCUGCACAAUGGACAUGGUCGUCCAUCAUUUUACUACAACGGUGGUUCAAAUGGCAAAUCUUACCCGCAUGAGCAGUUCUCGAAUUUCAAGGAUUUUGCAGACAUUAACACUCCCACUGAUAGGCAGUAUUCUCACUAUGUAGUGGUCUAUGUGCCUAAUAAAAACGAAACGAAGGAAGAAGGUAAUUCAGUGAUCAAAGCACUUCCCAAAAAUAUAAUGGAGAGUUUGACUAUGCUUGAUAUGGAACACACGACAACGAAGGAGAUCGUUCCAUUGAAGAAAUUGUCCAAAUUCAAGAGGAAAUUUGCUCAGCUCCUUCCAGAAAAAAAGCACUUUGAAAAGAAGAUUCGAGUUGAUAAUGACUCUGAAGAACCACUUAUAGCAUUGAGUUAGACAUAAUAUGAUGAAUGAGUGGAUACAGUUAUGAAACGAUACACAUUGUCACAUGUGUAUAUGAGAAUGUUUGUACAUAUUUUAGAUACGCGUGCUCACUGUUAUGAUACUGAAUACAGAGAGCAUGAAGUCUAGUGAUGAGUUCUAAAUGUGUUCGUGGACAUUAUGCUCGAAAUAUAUUACUGAGAUGUUGAGUUAAACGUAUUGGGAUGAAUGGACGAACCUUAUUGAUUAGGCGUUGAAUUUCUUGUAAUUUAAUGAAUCAAUCAUCAUCUUAUUUGUAAUCAAUAACUGAUGGACUGACUCAGUCAGGUAGGUACUUAGAUUGUAGUAUCGACUAGAAUAUCACUUCACAUCGAUGACUAAUACUUGUUUCGAUGAGAUGAAUAGCUAUAUACAGUAGUAUCUGCUGAACAUUUUAUUUCCUGCUAUAUAGAAGAAAACAUUGAUCAGGC